CAAAAUACGUCACUUAACUGUCUGUCAGAAUAACUCUUGCCCAUUCUACCUGAUCACACUCCCAAGCUGCAGCUUUGCCUGCAUUCACUUCUCAGUGACAAGCUGCUCAGAGAGCACCUAUUGAAACGAAUAUGAUCAUCUGCUGCUCCUUUCUCUCCUCCUUUCAGGGCAUACUGCUGUCCAUCAGGAGAAGUAAUUAAUGGGUUUAUUAUGUAUGAAACCGUCAUGGCAUCAGUUUGCUGUCUGAUUUGAACAGCUCCUAUCAGCUCUUCAUUCAUGUCAAGUAUGCUCACUGUCCGGAGAUAUGAUAAAGCCGUACUUCCUUUUGGAUUUUUCCCUCACUAUUCAGACACCAGUGCACUAGAACUAUGUGUCACAGAAGGACAAGGAGGACAGAAGAAACCCCUUCACCCUCUGCAGAAAGGAAGGUAAUGGACUGAAAAGUUGGUAAGGAGAAAACCAAGAGAAAAGGGGGAUAACAAAGAACAUCCGUGCUUGUGGUUCGGAUUAAGAAUUCUAAAGCAGCAUAAUUUGGGAGAAUGUGUAAUUCUAAAAUAUGGACAAGCAGAACUUUUCCAGAGGGUAAAACAUCUAUAGAAACAACCAGGAUUUCUGUCUGCUGAAACAUUCAAUGAAUUUUUAAUACGUUCUGAACACUGCAGUUGGGUCAACUGCUGUUAUCUGAUAAAGGGAAAUUCGCCCUCUACAAUCCUAUCCAAAUGGAGUCUUCAUCUGUCACAUGCUGUCCUAGCUGAUGCUAGGAGAGUAUCAGAACUACAGGCAGAGACCGAUGCAAGAAAUAAGAUGCACCGGUAGAAACAACACCAAAAGAGAGCAGAGGAGGCAUUUCAGGGAUCGAAACUUCCUGUUUACAGCCAGAGUUCAAAUUACUGAGCUUCAAACCAACCACUGCCAGAGAUACUGAUCAAGAAGAGGUGAGAAAGAACAGAGAACUAAAACCUAAGACUUAAGCUUAAUGUAAAUUCUCGCACCAGGAUGGAAGGGGAAUCUUACCACAAUGUGACCGCUGGCAAUGGCACCCCGGUAACUCACCAGCCUUUGGAGCACCAUCGGUUGUGGGAAGUCAUCACCAUCGCAGCCGUGACUGCAGUAGUCAGCCUGAUGACCAUUGUGGGCAACGUUUUGGUCAUGAUCUCCUUCAAAGUCAACAGUCAGCUCAAGACAGUUAACAAUUACUACCUGCUCAGCUUAGCCUGUGCGGAUCUCAUCAUUGGAAUCUUCUCCAUGAACCUCUACACCACCUAUAUCCUCAUGGGACGCUGGGCUCUUGGGAGUCUGGCUUGUGACCUCUGGCUUGCACUGGACUAUGUGGCCAGCAAUGCCUCUGUCAUGAACCUCCUAGUGAUCAGUUUUGACCGUUACUUUUCCAUCACCAGACCCCUGACAUAUCGGGCCAAGCGAACCCCGAAGAGGGCUGGCAUCAUGAUUGGCCUGGCCUGGUUGAUCUCCUUCGUCCUCUGGGCACCCGCCAUCCUCUGCUGGCAGUACUUGGUUGGGAAGCGGACCGUACCACCAGAUGAGUGUCAGAUCCAGUUCCUCUCCGAGCCCACCAUCACUUUUGGCACAGCCAUUGCUGCUUUCUACAUCCCUGUUUCUGUCAUGACGAUUCUUUACUGCCGAAUCUACCGGGAAACAGAGAAGCGAACCAAAGAUCUGGCUGACCUCCAGGGCUCUGACUCUGUGGCUGAAGCUGAGAAGAAAAAGCCAGCUCACAGGGCUCUGCUCAGGUCCUGCUUCAGCUGCCCUCAACCUACCCUGGCCCAAAGGGAAAGGAGCCAGGCCUCCUGGUCAUCCUCCCGAAGGAGCACCUCUGCCACAGGGAAGCCAUCCCAGGCCACUGGCCAAAGCACCAGCUGGGCCAACACUGAGCAGCUCACUGCCUGUAGCAGCUUCCCCGCCUCUGAGGAUGAGGACAAGCCCCCCACCAACCCUGUCUUCCAAGUGGUCUACAAGAAUCAGGCUAAGGAAAGCCCAAGGGAAGAAUUCAGUCCUGAGGAGACCAAGGAGACUUUCGUGAAAGCUCAAACUGAAAAAACUGACUAUGAUACUCCAAAAUACUUCCUGUCCCCAGCUGCUGCUCACAGACUCAGGAGUCAGAAGUGUGUGGCUUAUAAGUUCCGACUGGUGGUUAAAGCUGACGGGACCCAGGAAACCAAUAACGGCUGUCGAAAAGUAAAAAUCAUGCCCUGCUCCUUCCCAGUGUCCAAGAACCCUUCAUCAAAAGGCCUCAAUCCCAACCUCAGCCAUCAAAUGACCAAACGAAAGCGAAUGGUCCUAGUCAAAGAGAGGAAAGCAGCCCAGACCUUAAGCGCCAUUCUCCUGGCCUUCAUCAUUACAUGGACCCCCUAUAACAUCAUGGUCCUGGUUUCCACCUUCUGUGAUAAGUGUGUCCCAGUCACUCUGUGGCACUUGGGCUAUUGGUUGUGCUAUGUCAACAGUACAGUCAACCCCAUCUGCUAUGCCCUCUGCAACAGAACCUUCAGAAAGACCUUUAAGAUGCUGCUUCUCUGCCAAUGGAAAAAGAAAAAAGUAGAGGAGAAGUUGUACUGGCAGGGGAACACCAAGCUACCCUGAAAAGUUAAGAACCCCCCUCCAAAGAAUAAUGACAAUAGUCUGGUUUGCCUACUUUUAAAAAUGUCAUCUGUCAUUUAUAGUCCCUGAAGACUUGUAAGGGCUCAAGGUCUGUUGCCAAAAGAAAGGAUUCACAUCUGCAGCAACUGCUGCCAUAUCAAAUGAUUCUUUUCUAUGACUAAGGCCACCUGGUGGUCUUAGAGUUUGCCAAUGAAGUGGAGUCUGACUCACGGCCCUUCACUGGAAGCAUACUUGGGUUACAAUGAACAAUGACUUAGGAAACUUUUGUCUAACCUCCUGUGGGAAACAGCAGGGACUGGAUGGAAACUUUCCCUUGUGGAGGGCUGGGGGUUUAGCUCAGUGGUUCUGGCUCCUGCCUUGCAAGUGCAAGGUCCCGAGUCCGAUUCUUGGUACCAAAAAACAAAAAACUUUCCCUUGUGGAUACCUAUCAGAGAGUUUUGUGUAAAAUGUAUGUUGUUUUGUACCAGUGAGAACCAGGAGAAAGUAAGUCAAUAUCACCUAUUAACACAAGUGAUAUUCAACUGGCUUCUAAAAAUAUCUUUUUUCACGGACUGAUGAGUAUUUAUUGUGUAUCUAUUAUGUGGUCUAUAUGUUCCCCUGUCCUUACAUCUAAGUGAAGCUGUUGCUCCUUGCUUUUAUAAUCGAGCCAAUUCCUGUACCCGGGGAAACCAUGCUGAUCUCCACAGAACCAUCCUUCCUCUGGAAAUCCUGGGUCUGGGGGCACACUGAGACCUGGUCACGCUCAAUUUUUGAAAAGGGUCUUUUUCUGCUGAUAAAGUUGAUCAAGUCUCCACAGUUAUUUCUGUUUUCACCAGGAGGACUUUCUCCCUUUUAUCUAAACAAAUAGUGUGCAUUCUACUUCAUGCCCCUUCAAAACCAUUUACUUAUGCUAUCUUCUUAGGAGGACUAGCUGUGUAACAGGGUUCUCUGGUAAAGAUCUUCUCUGACCUUGUUUUCUGAUGACUUGCUUUCUAAUCUCUUCACAAAGCGAACUGGAAGAAAUAUGUGAAAAACAAAUUUAAUUUCAAUCCAUGUUUUUGAAUUUCAUUAGGAACCUUUUUGAAGUCCUCAAUUUCUCUCUUCCAGGCCCCCAAUUCAUACCAGCAGCAAGCAGGUCACUGUAUGGAACUCAGGCAGAAGUGCUAUCUGGGGCAAACAGAAGGGAAAGGCUUUCUUCUUUUUUUUUAAAUAGGUUUUUCAAAGAACAGAAAUGACUGACUUUUUCAUUCCUGUUGAGUUCAGUCAAAAAGAUGAGCAGCCCAGAAAAGCGCAACUGAAGGUCCAGUGAAUCUGGCUGUGCUCUCUAACAACAGAAGCUUCAGCUGAGGAUUUAGCUGAGUGGUGAGCACUAUUUCCUACCAUGUACAAGGCCCAGAUUCAACCCUCAGCACAACAUAAACAAACAAACAAACAAAAAACCCCUCCAUCUUUAAAAAGAAAAUAUAGGUCAUAAUGCAUCAAAUUAAGAGUUAUCAACAUACAUUAGGGCACUGGGGUUAUUAAAAACCAAAUCUACUUGAAAUCUCUCUAUAUAAGCAAGCAGAAUCCGAGAUGCUUCCUUGAUGAUUCUGGAAGUAAACCAAGAUGCAAGAAAUUGAAGCUGUGAAAUACUGCAUAAAAUUAAUGAAAGCUCCACAAAGAAAGCAGUACAAUGGUACAUGCCAAGGAGUCGAAAGAGAGACCUUCCUGUCAGAAGCUCAACUUUUUUUGUUUGUUUGUUUUGUUUUUUGGUACCGGGAAUCGAACUCAGGUCCUUGCGCUUGCACAGCAGGCGGUGGAACCACUGAGCUAAAUCCCCGGCGCCAGAAGCUCAACUUUUAACCUGCUGACUACAUCUACAGCGGUGUUAUAAAAUCUCGACUUCGUGUUGCUUAAUGUAGGCCACCUUUUUCAGCCUCAUUUGCUGAGGGGAUGGAAGAAAGACCUGGCUGCACUGUCCUGGGAAUUAGGAAUGUACCUGAGCACAAGAGAGCUUCCACUUACCCGUGAAGAGUAGGGUAAGCCUCCUACAGACUGUGCCAAGGAGGCUUGGGGAGGAGAAUCACAGGCAGGACCUGGCUGGUCUGCCCAGGCUUCUCUUCCAGUCCUGUAGAGACCUGAUGUUGGGAUGAAACCUGUAGGGAGCACCAUAGCUGCUGAGCCUUUGUGAAGGGCAAGUUGACACCUGCCAAGAAUGUAAUUGAAAAUAUUAAUUAAUUGACUGGGUUCUCCAGGACAGAGAGGCUCUCAGGCCUGAGUGGUAUCAACCGAGUGCGACCUCAUAGCAAACCUGCUCCACCAGCUCUAAGUGAACAGUGGAUUCAGCUAAGGCUUUGGCUCCUGACAAAGUGAAAAUCCCUCCAUGAGAAUCACACUUCAGUGUUGAGCAUUCUUUGCUCCCAGUAAAGAAAAUUCAAAAAAAAGAACUCACAACUGGAAUGGGGGGGCUGCUGCUGGGGGCACGCUUCACACUCUAUAGCUUUUUAUUUUUUUCACUUUUUGUGAAAUUAACAAAUGGGACUAUGUUCCUUCUUUAUCAUUGCCUUUGGAAGGAAGCCAGUUUUGCAGACUACACAUCACCUUUGACAUAGACCAAUACCCUGAAGUAUGAGAGGCAACUAGAAUUUUCUAGAGUAGGGUCUUGAGUGGAAGCCUCAGAAUGAAUAGAUGAAAUUGUAAACUACAGGGACAAGUGAGUGGUGGGUGGCGGAUGAGCUGACUUCAGGUCUUAGGUCUCCUAUGCUCCCCAUCUCCCAAGUGCUGUCAUGGUCACUGUGUACUGCUGUGGCUUCUUACCUAGUAGAUGCUGUUGUGUUGCUGACGAUGCCUGUGAAUUUGAUGGCUUGUCAUGGAAGCUUUACUUUCUGAAUAAUUUGUGGCUACACAAAGCAUGUUGUCGAUACUCCUCUGGGUGAGUGUCUGUUACAGAUGAUGCCGAUAUCGCCUCUUUGUAAUUGUGAAAUCUGUACCUAAACCUCUGGAUUGUAAUAUCCAUUUGUCCACUGUAAAUAUUGAUAUUACAACAAAGCAUUUCUAUUGUACUUGCAUUAUCCUGGAUAUUAAAGAAAUUU